AUGAGCAAGCGCCUCGAGGGGAAGACGAUUGUUAUCACCGGUGCAUCGUCUGGUAUCGGUCGGGCUACAGCUGUGGAGUUUGCGCGGACGGCACCCAAGAAUCUGCGGUUGAUCUUGACGGCGAGGAGGAUCGAUACAUUGAAGGAGGUUAAGGCGGAGAUUGAGAAGGAUGUUGGUGAGGGCGUAAAGGUCUUACCCUUCAAGUUGGAUGUUAGCAAUCCAGAGGAGGUCAAGUCAUUCGUUGGGAACUUGCCGGAAGAGUGGAGGGAGAUUGAUGUCUUGGUGAACAAUGCUGGGUUAGUUAAAGGCGUAGCUAAAGCGCCCGAAAUUUUGGAAGAGGAUAUCAACAUCAUGUUCGCGACAAACGUUACGGGUCUAAUCAAUAUGACACAAGCCAUCCUCCCGAUUUUCAAGAAGAGAGCAGACGGUGGUGCGGGGGAUAUUAUCAAUAUUGGCAGUAUUGCAGGUCGGGAACCAUACCAGGGAGGCAGCAUUUACUGCGCUACCAAGGCAGCUGUUCGCAGUUUUACAGAUAGUUUGAGGAGAGAACUGAUUGCCACGAGAAUAAGGAUCAUUGAGAUUGACCCCGGGCAGGUUGAGACUGAAUUCUCGGUCGUCAGAUUUUAUGGUGAUAAGUCGAAGGCUGAUGCUGUUUACGCUGGGUGCGAACCCCUGACACCAGAGGAUAUCGCCGAGGUGGUCGUGUUCGCUGCUGGACGGAGGGAGAAUGUCGUCCUUGCAGACUCUUUGAUCUUCCCCAACCACCAGGCUGCUGCUACUGUCAUGCACAAGAAGUCGUAG